AAACGUAUUAUCCCCCAAACAUAUUGAGUAACAGGUCCCAAAAACUAAAACGCUCACAUACAUACAUAAAUGACCAGUGAGUGAGUGACAAAAAAACUGUUUGCUUCUCUCCUUUUCACGUAUGAGAUUUAGAAAUAAAUAUACUCGUAUAUACACAUUUAAGUGUAUGUGUGAUGAUGUCAGAAAAUUUUUCCGUAUUUAUAUAGGUGGACAGUAAAGUAAUAAACUUAAAGUGUCUACUAGGUCCUAAACUCAGUGUGAUAUUUGAUAGCUUGCAUUAUUGCACUGUUUUGUCGAGAUAUUGUAUCGGGGUAAUAGAGCUUCUGAGAGGAGUUUCAGAGUCGGUGUGAGAAAUUUUUUGAGAGGACCUUGUUUCCCUAUUAUAUAUAGAGGAUUUUUCUGAAAUUAAUGUUGGGCUCAAGUGUUUCGUUGGAAUCAUUUUCUUCCAUUCGGCGCUGCUGAUAAAUAGAGUCUGAAUAGUUCAUCUUUAUGAACGCUUGACGCUUGACGCGCUUUUUACACAACUUCUAUUAGUUUCAUACCCAUUGCCGUUAAUAAAAAUUUUUCCUUAUGUUAAACUUUCCAUUCUGAGUAUCAAAUUCUGUACAAGAGCCAAUUCGAGUAAUGAAUCAAAACCAAAGGCGCUCACAAACACAACGUUACAUAUACGCAGCAUUGGGCAUGAAGGGCAGAAGCCUUAAAUUUAGAGCGAUGUUGCAGCCGCGCUGCAUGUGCUGGCUAUUGCAACUUCUCCCGGAGCAUACUUCAUGUUUCUCUGUCAAUAUAAUGCUGACACUACCUGCAGAACAAAUCCGAAGCAAAUCAACUUUAACACAGCGAAAUAUAUUAUUAGUUUUAAUAAUUAUAUUGCUAACAAUUCCAUCUGCAUUUACACAAACAGCAAUAUCUGACCAAACCACAGUGUUAUUAGUUAAUAAUGAUAAGAAUUAUGGACGUAAUGAUUAUGUGAGACAUCAUCUCAAUGUUCGUCCAGAAGUUGGCUUAUUAACAUCUACCGCACGCACAUUUAUACAGGAAGGCGUUACAACCGAGUAUGCAACACAAAUUGUGGGCACAACGCUCGAUAAUGGCCGCUUAUACGCACAGUAUUUAAAAAAGAGCUCACGUGUGCUUUAUGAUAAUGCCCGACAGCAGCAGCAAAUGACUCAUCAAGCUGACAUUGUGUUGUUGCCUACCGUUGUGACCCGGUGGGUGGGUGAUAAUUUGGAGUCACAAACCAAAAAGCUGCUGGAAAACCACAAUGAUUUAUUCAAUGCUGAUCAGCCCGAUUGGCAAGAUAUUGAUGAUCAUUUAUUGCACGACGGCGGUAACAUUUUCGUAAGCAAUACGGAUUUUAUUGCUUUGAGGGAAAAUUUAAAAAAUAAUAAAAAACAACAACAACAACAGAACAACAAAUUAAGAAUUGAGAAGAAUUCAAACAAAGGCAAACUAAAUGACUCACAAGUAAAUAGUUGUGUCCCACUGAAAAUACUCGGACGCGCGGGUUAUCACGAGAGAAACGUGGCUGCGAAUAGGAUUUUACCUCUUGGAGAUUUAGCUACAUACACAGUUCGAAAUCAUUCUUCGCCAAGUUCUCUGUCAACCGAAACCGACGCAGUCGUAGGAGAAGAUAAGUCCAUGCGCUUAUAUAAGAAUAUUGCCAAUAGCCGCAAUCGUUCUCCAAAACUGUAUCAUCAGCAAUUAAUUGAUUCUAAUGAUGCCAUUGCCAUCAUUAGCAAUUGUAGUAGCAACAAUAGCAGUGAUGGUGUUGGCAGCGAUGGUACAUUUGAAAUUACGUUUUCAGCGCCUCUUUUCAACAGGGAUCUUCCAACUACGACAUAUUAUGGAUUUGCUGAUUUUACCACCAUUGUUGGCGAUAGUGUAAUUGUUUUUUCACCCAGCCCUGUCACAAAAAGCCGACAUUCGGGGCAUAUAACAUCUAUCAAAGGCGAAGCGACCUUGAAUGUUGUUGCUAUUAACGUGACAUCAACAACAACACUUGAUGUUGUACAUGCUAGUACUGAGAAAGCGAUUGUACCAACGACAGAAAUAUUUAAUAUUGUAGAAUCGAAUACGGUAGUGUUUAAUGAUAUCAGCGACUUGAAAGAAUCCCUAGUACAUGGUGUAAAACACGUGGCGCUUAUUGUCUCAACUGAACAGUCUGUAAAUACCGUAAAUGAAGUGAAUGCAGCAACUGAAAAACCAGAACAGCAGGAUGACGUAGACAACACUACCAGUAGCAGUCUGACUAUUGUUAAAGGUAUUGAUGAGGGCGACAGAGAAAGCGGAAGCAAUAUUGCAGCUACAACAGCUCAGUUUUCGCGCCCUUCGGAUGAAGAAAUUUCGGAAAUAUAUGCCUCCCUAUCACGUGCAGAGGCAGCAACAGCCACACUGGAUGCCAUUACAUCUACAGUAUUGACAAGUCCUCUAACUGUCUCUAAUUCGUUAUCAUUAUCAAUGGGGUUUGCCAUAGAACAGCAGGUUGGCGAAAAAAAUGUCGAGAUGAUGGAAAAAAGCUUACAAAAAAUGGAUAGUACUGAAAUUGUGGUUGCAGAUAUGAACAAUAGCGGACAUUUUUCGGGCGGUGCCACAACAAUAUUUUUUGAAGAUGAUCCCUUUGCUACAUUUGUUGAGCCGAUAAUUAUGUUGACUACUAUUAAUAAGGUAUUAAAUAAAACAUCAAUUACUGUAGCGAGCUGGUUAGAUAAAACAAUAAAAACGAACUCUGUGCAUGAAACUACAACAGCAAUGAGCAAUAUGCAGACGAAUACCGAUGAGCAUAAAGUUAAAAAGGAUAUAACUAAUCUUGGGCCCGAAUCAAUAUCAAAUAAAUCAAUCAAGAACGACGACGACGCUAACGAUACUAUUAAACUAGGUGAUUGCAUAAGAACAUCACAGGUAUUUCUCACACAAGUAGCAAAAACGCUUACACAGCUAAAUACAUUGUACGCGCCGGCGUCACAAGGUACAGAUAAAGUAAUUAAGGUGGCUAAAGAAAAAACUGUGCUUGUGCCCAAUUUCGAUAUUUUAGAAACGACCAAGCAUUACUGCAUAAAACCACAGGCUACAGGCGUUAUAAGCGCGACUACUGGUGAAACUACCAAUAAUAUAAGCAUAGCGGAAGAGGAUAUCGUGCUGCUAGAGAAGCCUCACCUAGAACAUGCCAAUACUUCUGUGCAGUCUGGUAGUUCAAACUACGACACUUCUUUUUCAAGCAAAGAAAUGGAAACAAUAAUGAACGAUGCAGAUUAUGAAGAAGUUAGAAAUAAAUAUAAUGACGGCGACAGCGAAAUUGAUAUUGAUAACGAUGCGGGUGCUGAAAUCGAUAACGAUGAUGGGUACCCGACUGAAGACGAAUCGGGCGAAGAGAUUGAAUUGAUUUGCAAAACUUUAUAUACAACAUAUACAUAUUUAACAACAUUUUUUAACGAAGACAGCAAAACCAGAAUCUCGAGCCACACUGAAGUAUUUACUAAUGUCAUGACAUCGACGCUGCAUUCAAUUCGUGAUGAAAUCGAACCGACAGCCGUAGCGGCACAAAUAUUGAACUUGGCUAGAUCAGGAGCUCAUGAAGUUGUCCAUGAUGAAGCUGGUGCGACAACCAAGUUUUUAUUACCAACUGAAUUGGAAAGCAUAUUCCGCGUUGGUGCGUAUGAAAAAAAUAACGGUAGAGAUGCUAGUCCAAUGCAGACGCAUACCGUUAUGUCCCCUUUAAAUAAAAAUAAAUUCACCAAAACAUAUUUUACCACUUACACUUAUUAUACAACAAUUUUUGUUGAAGGUGAAACUGAAAUUAUGUCCCGGACUGAGGUAUAUGCAAAUUAUAUAACGGGCGCAAUAAAUCCAAGUGCUGUUUUCAAAAUAAAUACAAAAACAAGUUUCUUGAAGGAUGCUACCUCUUUAAAUGAUACAGUGCCAGUGUUGACUCCUGGAUUAAUUUCCAAUGUCAUGGACAACACUAAUACUGCCGUUUUCUCCAAUCAACAUAUUUCUGUGGUUGUAAGUUCACAUUUAUUUAACGAGCAACCCUUAUUGACAAAUCGCAGCGAUUUCCCGUCGGCAGUUACAUUUGAAAUCGAUACCAAUCAGCUGGAAUUGAGCAAUUAUACGACUAUUACGUUGGGUACUGAUGUGCGCACGAGCAGUUCGAAUGGCAAACAACAUAUUAUAAAUCAGCUACCCGAAUUACUUGAAGAUCAAAUAAGUUCCGAGAGCAAUACUGAUGAAAUACGGCCAUCAGCCACUUUGCUUUUGCAGACAAGCUUCACAACAUUUACAUACUAUACAACAAUGUAUAACAGUGAUGUAACAAAUGUUGUUAGCCGUUUAGAGACGGUAACUAACGAAGUCAUCGAAACACUAAAAGCAACCGAAACUGAAAUAAUUGGAGAAACCGCAUUGCCCAUAACUUAUUUUACAACAUUCACAUAUUGGACACAGCUGGUUAAAAAUGGUGAAAUUACUACUCUUAGAAGUGAAGAGACCGUCUCAAAUGUGGUAACGCCCACUGGAAUAUCGGUAACACAAAUAUCCAUCACAAAUACCGAGUCAGUGAAUGCUGAUAUGCAGAGAAUAAAGGCAAUUAAUGAAAUUAGCGAAAAUCAGAAAAUAAUUAAUGGGUCUGCGGUUUCAUUUGGUCCUAUAACUGAAUCAGUCUCAGACACAUCUGGUGAAGAUUAUGUGAAAUUAACUACUAAUAUCGUUAACAUAACGGCGUUGCAAGAACCUACAACAUACUAUACAACUUACACAUAUUAUACAACAUCCUAUGAUGUUGAUCGAACUACUAUCAAUUCACGCUUCGAAACUAUAACGAAUGUAGUUACACCAACAGUAAAUUUAUUACCUGUUGCCCUAAACAAAACGGACGGAGUGGAUUUUGUGGCUGUUAGUACUAAACUUAUGAACAGUGUCGAUCAUUUCACAUAUUCUGCUUUAUUUAAUGUUAAUAACGGAAAAACGCCGAUACUUGUAAAAAGUGCACAAGCCAUUAUUUAUGAUUAUAAAAGGAUUAUUGAUGCGGAUAGUGUGAGUACAUUGCAUUUUAUAACUGAAAUAUUUCCUACGACCGCCGCUGAUGGUUUAGCUACUGAGUUUACCAGUAUCACUUCCAGUUUGUAUGUUGAUGAAGUUAAGAAAGCUUUACAAUCGACCAGUAGUAGUAGUAAUACGCCGAGAGUGAAUGCAGAAGGCAGCACAGUGCGUCAGUAUAAAACGGGAUUGAUACGUUUAAUCGAGGGGACACGCAUUGAUAAUCAUACCACGACUUCAUACCAAUCUAAGGUUAUUGGCACAUUUAUCGAAAACCGUUAUGCGCAAAUAAUUGAGAGCACAUCAAGUUUAAUUUUUGAGACAAACAGCGAUGUGGCAAUGAUUGAGACGGCUAUAGAACCUAGUCCUAGUGCUAUAUCGGUGACGCAAGUUGAGACAACGCAGGUAACAAAAUUUAAUGCUGUUGUGCCAACAUUGCAGAACAGCAUUUCUGAUAAUAUAACUGAGCAAAACUUAGAAGGUGGCAGUGGUAAAGAAGAUGAAGGCAACGACGAUGUCGAUGAUGACGUCAACGAUAAUGAUGACGAUGAUGGUGAUAGCGAUAGUAAUAAGGCGGACUUGCCGUUCCAAUCAAAGAAACGAUCCUUUACACCCAUAAUACGACCAUUUACAUCUCGUAAUCGCCCACAAUUUGCUCCGAAAAAGAAGAACAGUCUGCCGAGUAGUGCGAUAAUAAUAACGCGACUUGACGUUACACCAACCAUAACUGCCACGCCGGCACUCAAAUCAAGCAGCCGUUUUAACACGCGUAAAGGCGGACUUUCAACUAUUGCUUUAAUACCUGGUGCCGCUCCUGGUGGUUCAACGUCACGGCGUUCAUUUGGUCGACCUAUUAAACCUACAGCUCCCACUGGCAGUAAUCUUUCCUUAAACUCACCGAUAAUUCCGUCAAAUAACGUCGGUAGCACCAGAAGUCGUUUAACAUCCUCCGCUCGGCAAGCAUUACAAUCAUCAUCUCGACGUGUGGUUGGUUUAGUGCGGCCUUCCUCUGUCGCAGGUUUUCGAUCUGGCCUUUCCAGCGCUUAUGUGGGUAAUUCACGUAUUCGUUUAAAGCCCAUUAGCAUAGGACUAGCUAGCCAACAAAAUGGCCCAAUAACAGAGGGUGUAACUACCUUGGCGCCUGACAUCAGUGGCGAGGAGUCUACUACACCGGAAUCGCAAAUAAAUGAGGGUGAAAACGAUGAGGGCUUCAAUGAUGCUUCACGGCGAAAUCAAAAUCCUUUAUUACGUUUUCGAAGACCAAUAAAUCGCCCAGCUGCCUUUGCACCAGCGAGUCAGCGUGUCAAUAAUGGCAGUAAUGCUUCUACCCUUGGUAGUGCUCUGUCUCAAAGGCGGAAUCCCCUAAAUUCUCGCUCCAAAAUUGCAACAUCCGCCUCAAGUACUACAACAACAACACAGUCUCCGCGAGCACGCAGUUUUCAACGACCACAAAUUUCCAAUAUACCGGGAAGAAACCGUGCACAGAGUAACCUGUUCCCACCACGUGGCCUAUUACAGAAACAAACGAUUCUCGACCCUAGUGAAGCCAAGGAAAACAAAAAACAGGAUUACGGAUCUGAGGGUAAUGUUGACGCUGACGACGAUUCGGAAUAUGAUGACGAGGAUGAAGAAGAUAAUGAAGAUGAUAGUGAUGGUGAUAGUAAUCGCCGUAGGCGCUCUAAUAGCAAGCAAAUUAAAGUAGCACCGACGAUUAAGGUGUCUGAAAAAAAGCUGAAUGUUUUUGACAUAGAGGAAGACAAAAAGUUCCCAAAGUUGGUUCGUUCACGACGUAGGGCGGACUCGGCUCUACUAAGACGUAGUAAUUUCCAUAAUAGAUUUCGGCGUCCAAAAUUAAGCUCUGCCGCUGGUACAGCUGCCGAUGAUCGAAAUUUCACUGAAGAGAUCAAACAUGAAACGACAACUCCCAUGAUAACAGUAAUGACACGUUCACGUCCUGGGGGACGUUUUGUGUCACGAUACACACCUCAUCAUGUCACCACACAAGCCGUAACAGCAGCGGUCGGUACAACAAGCAUAACAAGUCAUCGUGCAAUAAGGCCCACUCGUCCCACUAAUGCACGAGCCCAGUUUACACUACGUGAAAAGGACACCACUACCACAACACAGAGGAGCUUGUCACGACCUGGUGGGAGUAACUUUCGACGCCCCCAAACUGCCGCUUCACCACGGCGUUCGUCGAAUCCGAUAACCAACAACCGACAUAAGAUUUAUAACAACAAUAAUUUGUCACAGGACACGUCGGCACGAAGUACCUCAGUGCGUGCACGCAAUAAUUUAAGUCGGACUCGUACUACUGUGCGUGGACGUAGUCGUAACGAUUAUAAUGCUGACCCUGUUGCACCAUCAAAAGAUGGCAUGAUAACCAUAACACAAAUUAUUCCAGCCGAAGUUACUAUACCAGUCGUAAAUGGCAAAGUGACGGAGUAUAAGAAUAUUGUAACAGCCAAAACUAGUACAGAGGUUUUGGGACCUCAACAAUACACCAGUUUUGUGAGUGGUAAUGGGCAGACAAUGCUGGCCUUAACACGCGAAGAUUCCAGUGUAAAUUUUGGUGGAGUCACUGAGAUAACGCAAUAUGUCCUGCACGAAACUCCGACGACUACCAUUAUAUUUACACCAACAACAAUACGCGGCCGCAAAACAUCAUUUUCACAUGUCAUACCAUCGACAAUUUACUCGGUGGAAGCUGUUGUUUCAACAACUCAACCCCAAAUAUCGGCAAACGCACCGCUAGCAAACUUAUUAUUGUCGCAAUUGUUACUUGGAAACAUUGGUCUCCCAGCAGCCAACCCCUUACUCGGUGCAAUUGGUGCUGCAGUUACGCCGGCGCCGAAUCAAUUGGGUGUAAAUACAAUUAUAUCCCAAAUACCGGCUACGCCAGUUACUGAGUAUCGGACGCAUUCGUCGACAUAUGUGACAACAGUUUUUGAGGGUAUGUCUACCGUUUUGCCUGUUACAUUCCAGGGCAAAAAGAUUUUGACUACCGUCUACGAUACAACUGCACAGACCAUUACAGCUACCGAGUUUGUGACGGACACAAUUGUUACAACGCCGACACAACAAGCUUUUAUACAGACACAAAUGGCGCCCCAAGUCAAUAGUUUGCUUUUACAACAACUACUCUUACAGCAACAGAUACAAUCACACAUUGAAAAACCGCAACAACAACUUUCCAUACCCAUAUUAUACUCAGCUGCACCACAACUACUGUUACCUGACAAUUUGCAGGAGCUCGACACAAAUAAUAUCCGAUUAUCGAAUGAAAACGAUAAUGACAUACCCGUGAUUGAGGGUAUACACUUAAAUAAUAAAAGUGGCCGUAAAAAGUCACGUAAAUCUGGUAAAGCCCACAAGCGUAAGCAUCAAGCCGUACAAGACGAAGCGCCGGAUGGUUCAAGUAUCAUCACACUUUACGUAUCAGGUCGUCGGCCUGGUGAAUUUAGUACUAUUUUAAGCACUAUUGCCUUGGGCUACGACUCAACAAUACACAAACGUCAAGCACUCGGCCUAGUUAAGCAAACUGCCAGUUUCGACGACAUCAAUGAUUUCUACACAACUGAUGGAAGCGAAUAUGUAUCGGCAUAUCUGAUACCCGAAUUAUAUGGUGACAAAAGGCCAUUACAGCAGAUUGACUUCAAUAUAUUGGGAAGUGACGAGCCCAUUUUAUUUGAACAACAAACUCAAUCACUUGAAACUAUUGUCGGCGACGUUAGCAAAUGGAUCGCGAGAAGCACACAAGUAAAUAAUGUCGACGCGACUCUUAACAAGCUAACGGAGAUGCCGAAAAUUCUGAAAAGCGCUGUCGAGCAACAUCCGAUAAGUAAAUUGUUCAGAGAAAUGCCAAGUUCGGUUGAAAGUAUAGCAAAUCAUUUUUUAGUAUAACUGACCUUACUGUGUUGUCAUCCCCAUGCCAGUUCAAGGUCAUUAAUUCUGCUAAAAGAAACACAGAAGAAAAUAACAAUAAAAGUAGUACAAAGCUAAAGUUUAAUAUGUGUAUGGAAGGCGAAAUCGAUAAAAAUAAUAAUAUACGAGCCUAUAUGUUCGGCAAAGUAGGCAGGAACAAUGGGAAUGAUGCUGACGACGACGAAGCGGAGGACGUAAUUUAUUAUGAAAACAAAGAGGAACCCUCGGGUAGCUUUGAAGGAAACAGUGCAGUACUUAAAUACGUGGGGGAUAAAAAGAUGUUAGGAAAUAAUUUAGCUCGUAGCUUUUUACCGAAAUAUAAAAAACAAAUUUCCACAUUAUGUAGUUGUACAAAUAAUUCGAACACUAAGGUAUUCAAGCACUUAUAUGCGAUAUAUGAAACUAAUUAUAAUAAUUCAAGGAAAGAAUAUAGUGGUAUAAUUAUAAAAAGGCAAAAACGUAGCCCAUCGUAUAUUGUGAGCAAUGACGUCGUGAAACAAACGCAAUUAUCGCAUAGCGAUUAUAAUGAUGACAAUACAACACAAGAGUUACCAAAUUUGAAUGAUAGUAAUAAUAAUGAAAACAAUAUGCAAUUUAAUACCACAACAACGGGACGCAGAUACAGUAAGCUACUCGUCCGACGUAGUAAACUGAUAGUACCGUCAGCGCCUGAAUUGUUAAACUCUAGUGAACUUAUGUUUCGUGUAGCCGUGAAUGAAACAGCUUUGCAGCCAAUGUUACGUUCAACAGUUAAACUUGUGUUGCGAAGGAAGAUUAUUGUUAUUAGAAAACCGCAACAGGACCGCCGGAUCCAAAUAGAAACCAUGGAAACAACAACGCAAACACCAAAAUUCCCCAAAUACUCAUCAAAUAACUCAAGUACCAAAACACAAUCUGCAAAUAGUAUAAAAUCUUUGAACGAAUCGCACAUACAACGGCCCUUGUUCAAUAAAACCGGAGAAGUGGGUAUAAACAAACUUUUACUCAUCGCGAAUUUAAGCAGUCAAAAAGUAUUUCACACGCAUAUUAAAAGGAAUGACACCAAGGCGCAUGACCGCACAAUGCAACCAAGUAAUUUUAAUGCUCGUGGUCGCAUUGUUCGGAAGCGCAUCAAUCGAAGGCUACGAAAAUUUGACCAUAACGAUUUGAAUCAUAAUAGCAUAAGAAUAACAACAUCAACUAAAAAUACUACAAAGUCUUUGCAAAGAGAUGAAUUGCAAUUCAAAACAGCUUCAUAUAACAGUAGCACUGCAGAAACUAUGACGCCGAACAAGACUAUAAAGAAACGUCGGCGUAAAAAACAAGGCCGCAUACAACGUAAAAGAAAUCAAAAA